UAACUGGAGAGAAGCCGCUUCCGAAUUGUGAGCAGCUCCUCUCGGAUUUUCUAACUUCCCAAACAAGUCCAAAACAGGGUGUGCAGUCUACUGUAAUCCUAAAAUCAGGAUCCUUGAUUUCCGAAACGGAACUGGUCUCUGGGGCCCACUUUUCAGCCGAUGCUGACGCGUAAACGCCCGCAUUUAUAUAUGUGUCUGAUUUUCUUCACCCGGGAAAUCAGAUCACGAGAAAGAUUCACUCGACUUUGAUCAAUCAAUGGCUUCAGCAGGGCCCUUCGGAAAUAUCCCGAAACAAGGGGAAAGUGACCCGUAAAACGAUUCUCGUGAAAAUUCUCUGCUCUCCCAUUCACCUUCUUCAGAUUAGUUCAAGAACCCAGUAAGGAUUUAUGCUGUUUAUGCUCAAGCUCCAAUAUCUCAGAAUACCCAUUUUGUGAGAGUACAAAAGGUCAAUGGCAGUGUCAGUUGCUCAAGUUGAAAGUCCAGCACCGUUGAGCGGUGAUCUCUUCUAUGACAUACUAAGGCGCCUUGAUGGUGCAACUCUGGCUAGUGCAGCGUGUACUUGUGCAGCACUCCGUUCCAUCUCCCAAGAAGAAAGACUUUGGGAAAAUGUAUGUUCUUCCAUGUGGCCUUCAACCUACCGAGAAGACAUCAAAAGUCUAAUAGAAUCCAUUGGCGGGUACAAAAAGUUUUAUGCAGAUUGUUUCCCCCUCAUCGUAAACAAACAAGUUCCUGAGUUCGGAUGGAACGACUAUCCUGAAUACCCAGAAGAGUGGACUGAAGCCGAAUACUAUGGCGACACAGACGAUUUUGAAAGCGUUUUGCCAUCGGAUUUCAUAUCCAUUGUGGAUAUAAGAUACAAGGACAAAACCAUUUGCUCAAAAGUCCUUUGGGGAAUCCCUAAUGCAAAUGGCUCCAAUGGUUGGUUUUCCAACUGCCCCUUUCGGGUCGAUCUUCUUACAUAUUCUGCUAGAGACGAUGACCAAGAUGAUGAAAUUACCCUUUCAGUCUCCGAUGGUCUGCCACCGAUUUCAUCAAUGGAGAGAGAGAGGAAAGACGGGAAGCUUUGGCAGGAUCUUCGGAGUGGGCUACGACUUAGUUGGAUUGUGGUGAACAGUAAAGUUAAUCAAGCAGCUAAUCUUUCGAGCUGGAGCUCUAUAGGCGGGCAAAGACACUGGCCCACGGAUAAGGAUUUCUUGAUACGGUUCGGAUCCAUUCUUCCGGCCAAUGACAUUCUUCCUUGUCAAGUGGUGGAAUGCAUCCUUCUUAUGAAAUUUAGAGUAAUCCGUACUGAAGAAGGUGGUGAGGGUUGUCAGACUACUCUCAAACUGAAAGAGCUAAGCAUGCAGUUGGGUGACAUGGAAGGUGCGCAUGUUAAUGGAAGAAACAGUUUGCUUGUCCUCAAAGAAGCGCUGAGCUGCCGGAGGAGUGGGAAUUACAGUGAAGCCCUUGAAUCGUGCCAUUUGUAUUCGAAAGCGCAGAGUGAGUUGAAGGAAGAGAAGAUGAGAAACGAAAACAGGUUAGAGAGAAUGUUUAUAUUGAGUGGUAUUGCAGCUUUCGCCUCGUUCUGUUACUACUUGUUGUGAAAUGGAUGUUGUCAACCAUUUUGAUGUAAAUCAAUUUUGUUUAGGUAAUGUAUAAAUAAGUGAGCUUCUUCGCUGAACUUGAAUUGUGAAAGAAAGCUUCGAAAAAAGCUAAUGGUUGUAGGAGCAGCAAAUUGACUAGACUGUAAUGUGUAUAUAUGGCUUCUUUGUUGUCACCUUUUUGUGUAAUAAAAUUGAAGAGAAAACGCUUUGAGAA